AUGGUGUCUGAUUAUUUUUACUAUACACUUCAGUUGGUUGUCAAAGAUGGCUGUCUUGACAAUGAACGCAUUUCUUUACUAAAUGCUACAUGUAGAAGAAUAGUAGGACACUUUAAACAUUCGGUUAAAUCUUGCAAACUUUUGAGACAAUCUCAGGAGAUAUUAGGACUUCCUAAUUAUAGCAUUAUUCAAGACGAGUUAACUAGAUGGAAUAGCACCUUCCACAUGCUAAACCGUUUAAUUGAACAAAAAGAUGCAAUUCUGUUGGUAACGCCACAUUUCCCAAAAGCUGCUCGACAAAACAAAGAAUUGUCAACCGAAGAAUGGGACAGUUUGGUUUCUCUCGUUGCUGCUUUAAAGGUUUUUGAAGACGUCACGCUUACUGCAAGUUCAUCGAAAGUGACCACAUCAGAAGUUAUCCCAAUAAUAAAUGCAGUUAACAUUUCACUUGAUCACAUUAUAGACUACGGAAACUUCAAAGAAUCUCUUUGUAAAUCCUUGCAUCGUCGUUACAGAGACUGCGAGAACGAACCUAUAUAUGCUUUUGCAACAAUACUAGAUCCCAGAUUUAAAAACAAGAUUUUUAGGAGCAGGACGAUGGCUGAGAAAGUUGUUACUUUAUUGAUCGGUGAGUUAAAUGCACUGGACAAAGACGAAAGUCUUGCAAUUAAAGUUGCUGAAAAUCAUAAACAAACCACAACUGCUCCAGGUGCUGUCUGGUCAUUAUAUAACCAAAUAAUCAAUACAAAUUCUGAAGAAAGACACCAUGUUGUUGAUCCCAGACAAAUGAACAAUUUAAGAACUGAAUUAAGAUAUAGAAAUGAAGAACUUUGGAUGUAA